GAAAUUAUUUUACCUUUAAAAAAGUGUGAGAGCUUUGAAUAAUUAAACAAAUGCAUGCUUAACUACAUUCUCUGACAUCCCUUGAUUACUGAAUUUAAGAAACAGUAUUUUAAUGUAUAAUGUAAAUAUUUUUUUACACCAUCAGCACAACAGGAAGACGUGUUUAAGAAGAAAUUGAAAGUGAAAGGAUGGCUUUCAAAGUAUAAGCAAAAAAAGAAAGUUUAGACGCGGAGUUUCAUGUAAUUUCUUGCUCAUUUGCGAGGAGUAUUUUAAGGAAAUACCAGGGGAAAGGAUGGCAUCGAUCCGAUUCUAUGGCUGGAAGGCAUUCUAUGAUGAAGAUCGUCAUCUUCGGGCCAACCAGGCCCCCAAAUCAGGCAGACUCUAUACCAUGUAUCACGGCACCUCUGUGCAAAUAUCUCGUCAGAUCAUAACAAAUGGCUUCCAACAAUCAGCAGAUGGAAUGCUGGGACCUGGAGUUUAUGUGAGCCGUGACCAGAAGAAAGCAGAGCGCUAUCCUCUGAAAUCCCUACCUACUGACAGAGUUGUGCUUAAAUUAAGCGUUGACUGUGGAAAAGUCAAAAGAAUUGAUAAGGACAACCAUCCUCUACAGAAGGCGUGGCAUGCUCACGGAUAUGACACUGCCUGGGUUCCUCCUAACUGUGGCAUGAAUGCUGUGCCUAGUGGUCUAGAGGAGGACUGCGUCUACGACCCAAAGCGUAUCGAGGUCACAGAUAUUGCUCUUGCACCCGACACGACCAUCUUAAAUGAACUCAAACAGCUCAUCGCUCAAAACAAUAAAGGGCCAUCAAACGCCUCAGGUACUUGCACAGUGUGCAAGCUGAAACUAGGGCUUGCUCAUACUGUACAGCCAUGCUGGGGGUGUGGAAAGACGAUCUGUGCUCUCCUGACCAAACACAAGUGCAUUCGUAAGAGUUCAUAAAAUUCUCAGGAAAUCAGGACAGAUGCAUGAUUCAGGACGCUCUUUAGGCAUUUGGACCGGUUUGUUGACGUGUCAAUACAUGAUGUUUGAGGUUAGGGUUUGUAUAUAAGAUAGCUUUCUUUCCUCAUAGUUCUCUGUCACACAAUUAUCUUUGACAAUUAUGCUUUGACAUAUUCUUUCUCCUGCUGAUAUCUGCUACCAUAUUUGAUUUUAUAUUUAAAAUCUAAACUUAUAUAAUUGCAUGACUGUUUUCAAAGAUAUUUUUACGAUCAAUCAUGUUUGUUUUAAGCAUUCAGUAAUGCAGACAAUAAAAAGAGCCUACCUCUCAA